CGAGGGGGAGCGCGCUUCAUUGGUGCGUUGGGCUCGUGUGUGGGGCUACACGCAUUAACGUGGAACUGGAGGGAUAUCAAGAAGCUUGUUUUUAUUGGGCCUUUUAACUAGACAGUAGGCUCACUGGAAAUGUGCAUAUCCCCCUGCCAAGGUUGCAUCCAUGCUUAGAAGGUUGACUUGUGCAGUGGGAUCUGCAUAAUUAGAGAGCAAAAGAGAGAGCCAGAGGAAGGGAUCAUCUAGCUGGUCAUGGCUGGCUUGAUCGACAACAUGUUUGCGAACCUGCGCCGCCGACGGCUGCUGGGCGGCGGCGCGCAGGAGGAGCAGCCGGAUGCACCACCUCCGCAGCAGGCCCAGCCACCUCCGCAGCAGGCCCAGCCGCCGCCGCCGCAGCAGCCCCAGCCGCCUCCUCCACCUCCGCCCCAGCCUCAGCAGCAGCCUCAGCAGCAGCAGAAUGCUGAGCAGCAGUUUGUGAACAUCCGGGACCGGCUGUUCCACGCUAUGUUCGUGCGCCUGUCGUUGGGCUACGCGCGCGUGCUGACGCCGCGCGUGCGCCGCAUGAUCGAGUUCGCCUCCCUGCUGGUGGCCAUCUGCUCGCUGGUCAUGCUCAGCUACAUCCACGUGGCGUUCUCACACCUGCCCACCCACUGUCUGGACCACGUGAAGGCCGACUGGCCGCGCGACGGCAUCCUGCGCGUGGAGAUCAUACGCAGCCCGGGUGAGGACUACACGCUGGCCAAGUCGUACGAGAAGGAGGAGCGGCUGAAGCUGCGAGACCCCGACAACCUGAUCCUGAGCACGCUGGAGGAGCUGCUGGACGGCGAGAGGAGGAAAAAGGACAAGGGCAAGGAGGAGACUGUGGAAGUGUUGGGAGGGAGCGGAGGCGAGCUGCCCCUGGUGGAGACUUCAGCAACUGUUGACUCUAUAGACGGCGCUGCACCACCCUCGGAGCCGGCCGGCGGCUUUAUGAACGCCUCUGGUCCGGGCUCUGACGGGUCGUCGCCGCACUUACUGUCCGAGGAGCUGAGCUCACCACCUGCCGACCAGGCCGCCGACGGUGACCUGUCAGCGACCUCGGACGAGCCGGCGGCCGAGCAGAACGGCACGGAAGGCGCGCCGCCGCCGGUCGCCGCCGCCGCCGCCGGCGACACGACGCUGGACCAGGACGUGUCCGGACUGGAGAGGCUGAUUAAGACCGUGUGGCCGGACGAGGAGUACAUCGUCGAGUACUCGCUGGAGUACGGCCUGCUGCGGCUGUCGCCGGCCACGCGCCGUCGCCUCUCCGUGCCGACCAAGAUCGUCCUGCUGGACCCGGACAAGGACGCGUGCUUCGGCGACCACCUGAGCCGCCUCAUCCUGGCCCGCCUGAUCGGCUAUGAUGACAUCCUACUGAGCAGCAUCAAGGAGCUGGCGGAGGCCGGCGACAACCGAGGCUACCUCAGGAACGUGGUGACCGGCGAACACUACCGCUUCGUCAGCGAUUGGCCUACGUCCACCUCCUUCUUCGCCGCCUGCUUCAUCAUGAUCAUCUUUACGCUGACUGUGUCCAUGCUCCUGCGGUACUCUCACCAGCAGAUAUUCCUCUUCAUUGUGGACCUGCUCCAGAUGCUGGAGGCCAACACGAUCGCACACUUCCCGGCGGCCCCGCUUCUCACCGUCAUUCUGGCGCUUGUCGGCAUGGAGGCGGUGAUGUCCGAGUUCUUCAACGACUCGACGACGGCCUUUUACGUGAUCCUGAUCGUGUGGCUGGUGGAUCAGUACGACGCCGUCUGCUGCCACACAGCCAUCAGCCGCAAGCACUUUCUGCGGUUCUUCUUUUUGUACCACUACUGCUUCUACGCCUACCACUACCGCUUCAACGGCCAGUACAGCAGCCUGGCGCUCGUCACUUCAUGGCUCUUCAUACAGCACGCGAUGUUCUACUUCUUCCACCACUACGAGCUGCCGGUGAUCCUGCGGAACGCGCAGAUCCAGCGCAUGGUGACCAACGCCAUCCGGCGGGACAACCUGCGCCGCGCCGGCCAGCAGGGGGCGCCCACGCCCGAGGAGGUGCUGCUGGCAAUGAUGGACGCGCCCGAGCCGCCGCCGCCGCCAGGCCAGCUGCCGCCCUACAGCCAGUGA